AUGAGGCAGGAAGAUGACAGCGGCGGAGAGGGAGCGCUGCCCGCGGCCAACUCCGAGGGCGGUCAGCAGUCGGUCUCGACCAUCGCCGCCGCCGCCUCUGAGCGCCCGAGCCCGGGCGUGAGCCCGAGCCCGAGCCCGAGCCGGGAGCAGGCGCCCCCCAGGCUGUGCGGUUACCUGAACAAACUGUCGGGCAAAGGGCCGCUCAAGGGCUUCAAGCCCCGCUGGUUCGUCUUCGAGCCGCGCCGCUGCUGUCUGUACUACUUCAAGACCCCGACCGACGGCAUCCCCCUCGGCUACAUCGACAUCGCCGACGCCUGUUUCUCGUACGACUUGGAAGCUGAAGAGGGGCAGUUCGAGAUCCGCUCGGCGGGACGAGACUAUAUCCUCAAGGCCCUUACUGCACAAGUUAUGAGAUAUUGGCUACAGCAGCUGCAGCAGAAGAGGUGGGAGUUCAGCAACAAUCGCACCGCUGGAACAAGGGACAAUCGAGUUUCACCCACACUACCCGAUUCAACUACAGGCCUCGUCGCUAGAGAUAUAAACACUUGGUGCCUUCAGCCAGCAAAGGAUUCUGCCGAGAGUGCAAGAAAUAUACUGGAUACGCUGGUGGGUGAACACGUAGUGGGCCACCCUGCUCCUAUCCAUCCCACUACCAUCAACUUCUCAUUGAAGCAUUGGGGCACGGAGAUCAGAAAUUCUAUGUCAAAUCUGAAACCAGGAAGAGGUAACAGUGAGCACCGCCGAAGCAUUUUCUACACUGAGGAUUGGGAGAUGGUUGACCCCAGUGCCAAAGAUAUGGAGGAAGCAGCAGGACUUGAAGUGAAGAGAAGACAUUCAUCAGAAUCAAAAGGUUCAGCAUUUUCAUUUGAUUUUGGACGAGCAACACAUAAAAGCAAACGGCCGUUGCUGAGAGAGAUGAUGGGAGCAUCGAAAAAUCGCAACAGCAGUGAAUCGUCGCCUGUAGAGUGGAUCGUUUCUAAUGGGAAAGCAAACACAGAAAUCCAGUCCAAAAUUCAGACUCACCAAGAGGAAGUGAACAAACUGAGAGAAGAUCUAAGCAGCCAGAAGGAACUUGUACGACUGUUGCAGCAAACUUUGAAGUGUUCUCAGCAUGAGAAAUAUCCUCCGAAUACUGGAGCACAGAGAUGUUCAGAGAAUGAAAAACUGGAGCUUCUGUAUCAGAAGGACCAACAGAUUCUGGCCCUGAACAACCAGUUAGAACAUGUUAACCAACAGAAGGACAAUGUGGAGCAGGAAGUCAAAACUCUUAAAGAGAGAAUGAGUGAAAUGAGUGAGCAGCUCAGCAUGUUUAAAGAAACCAUUCAAGCCAAAGACGAAGUCAUUAUAAAACUAUCACGGGAGCUCAGUGAAUGUGAAAGCAAUCAUUCAGCACCAGGUGGAUUAUCGAAUGCUACUCUGUCACCUGCGUGCAAAGACCUGCAGGAAUUGGAUAAAUUAAAGGAUAGCCUUCAAGGCUAUAAAUCUCAGAAUAAGUUCCUCAACAAAGAGAUUUUAGAACUGUCCAUCCUUAAGAGAAAUGCUGAAAUAAGAGAGAGGAAUCUGGAAUCCAAGUGCGCCACUCAGGAAGCCCAGCUCUGCCAGAUAGAGAGCAAGCACCUUGUUCUGCUUCAGGAAGUGCAGACUCCAGUUUGUUCUAGUGAAAAGGGACCUACAAACGAAGUCAUUUCCAGACUGGUGGAAGAUGCGCUGAAAGUGGACACGACGGACAAGCCUACUAUCCUCAAACCACAUCCCGUCAGUGAAUAUGACAUAUACGGCUUUAAGACUGUCCCCGAAGAUGACGAUGAGGAGCAGUUGAUUGCCAAGGUGCGGGCUCUAAAUUUAAGAUCGUUCUCUCUCACCGAGAGCCAAGAGAUUUCCACCGGAGUCAAGUGGGAGAACUACUUUGCCAACACGGUGAAUCGGGAAAUGGCGCGUUCCCCAGAAUUGAAGAACCUUAUUCGCUACGGAAUCCCACACGAACAUAGAUCAAAAGUCUGGAAGUGGUGUGUCAACCUCCAGGUUAAAAAAUACAGGGACAAGUGCUGCCCAGGGUAUUUUGACUCCUUGCUGAAGAAGGCGCUAGAGAAACCGAAUCCUGCUUCCAAACAGAUUGAGCUGGACCUGAUGCGCACUUUGCCAAACAACAAGCACUACACUUCGCUAACCUCGGAAGGGAUACAAAAACUUCAAAACGUCCUUUUGGCAUUUUCCUGGAGAAACCCUGAUGUAGGUUACUGCCAAGGUUUAAACAGAAUAGCAGCAAUAGCUCUUCUCUACCUGGAACAAGAAGACGCUUUCUGGUGUUUGGUUGCCAUUGCAGAGUGUCUCAUGUCUGCUGACUAUUACACAAAGACUUUACUUGGUUCACAGGUUGACCAGCGGGUGCUCAAGGAUUUGCUAAGUGAGAAGCUGCCCCGGUUACAUGCUCACUUUGAACAGUUCAAAGUUGAUCUCUCCCUCAUCACCUUUAAUUGGUUUCUGGUGGUAUUUGUGGACAGUGUUGUCAGCGAUAUUGUAUUCCGCAUAUGGGAUUCAUUCCUGUACGAAGGUCCUAAGGUUAUUUUUCGAUAUGCACUUGCGGUUUUCAGAUUCAGAGAGGAGGAGCUUUUAAAACUCCAGGAUCAAAUGUCCAUAUUUAAGUAUCUGAGAUACUUCACUCGGACCAUACUCGAUGCAAGAAAACUUACUAAUAUGGCAUUUACGGGUAUGAAUCCAUUUCCAAUGCGGCUGAUCCAGAAUCGAAGAGCCUUCCAUCUGGAGAAAGUGCGCUUGGAACUGAGAGAACUAGAGGCCAUCCGCCAAGACUUCCUCCGCGAACGUGAAACAGCAAAUCCCGAGAAGAGGGAUGCAAUUAGUGACGAUGACGAGGACACUUAAAAACAUCGUCUCUCUCUGUCUCUCUCUCUCUCUCUCUGUCUCUCCGUCUCUCUCUUGAAUAUUUAGUUUUUCCUUUACAGAAGUAAAAGCAUUAUGGAAUUCCUGAACUUUACUGUAAAACUGCCUGGGGAACUAGAUGGUAGGGACUUUCAGUACCAGGCAUACCCAUUGAAUUUUCUUGCCACUAUUGGAAAAUGCUUCCCCAAUUCUUGACUGACCUGAUAGCUUGUCUUGAAGAGAAGGAAAUCCAGAUAUAAGUUGCUCACCCUACUUACAAAUGCACCUCACAUUUUGGAUGAUAUGAGCAGAACUGUCACCAAUUGUAGGUCAAGAAGCCAUCGAGCAAUCUAAGAUCACGAAAGCUAUUUUGGAUGGUUCUUUCUAAGAGUAUAGUAAAACGUAUAUUUCCAUUAAGAAAUAUGCUGGAUAUAUUUCCCUGUUGUGGCACAUGUUAGUGGGGGGGGGGGGGGAGGAAGUGGGGAGUGUGUAUAAUUAAUGUUCAAACUUAUGGAACAAAUAUUCAGGUGCACUUGCAAUAUGUAGACAUUUUUAGACGUUUUGCUAUUAAUGCACAUAUGUCUUUGCGAUGACAAUGUAGCCCGUUCCGGUUUGUCAAUCAUAUGGGAUCAUUUACAAAUGCUGAUUAGUAGCAGUAUUAUCUCAAGAUCUUGUCUGGUAUGAUUUUUAAGUCGUAUCCAUUCACUUUCAUUAUUUUACUUGUGUUUUGCAUAUCAGUAUUUUGUGGGGAAGCGGGCUUCCUUAAGGACCAAAAAUGUCAGGGUUUUUUUGUCUUGAGAACUGUUGAAAUCUGCUUGUGAUUUUCAUUUUGGGCACUUAUUUUCUGAACGAAAUUGAUGAGGAAAAGAAAGAGAGAAAAGAAAGUGGUUAACUCCUAUUAUUUAGCUAUCCAUCAAGUCACUACAACAUUAGUAUAUUUUGAUAAGUUUAGUGAUAUAAGGUGUUUCUCUUAAAAUAUUGACCAGAAGUACAUUUUGCACAUUUCUAGCUCUGCGGCAAUGCAUUAUUUAGUCAGUACUUUAACACUUUUUUUUAAAAAAUACAAUGAUUCACCUCUUUCCUCCCUACCACCACCAUAAUCACCAUCACCACCGCCCCCAAACAACUGAUCUAUUCACAGGAAUUAUCCCCUUUUUAUAAUGCCAUAUGCCAUUUGUCACCUUUAUGAUGCACCGUUUCCAUCAUAUGCUGUCUUUGAAAAUAAUUACAAUUCAUAACAUAUUUAUGACAGUAGAAUUUGAAACAAUUGUGGGUCUGAAGGACAUCUUGUGAAGAUCGAAACCGGAGUUUUUAAAACUUGUUUCCUCGUUUAAUUUUGUACCCGUGUCUUUCAAAUUACAUCACACCAUCAUUUCUACACACAGUCCAUCCCAAUAAUAUUUUUAGCACGAUUCCCAGUUCACUACAGCUCCAGGGAAGGGCAAAAUCUGCCACAUUUUUGAUAAAUAGAAGGAAAGUGGAUUUUUUUCUUUGAAGUGAGAUCAAAUUUCAAAAUGCAACUUUGCUUUUAUAUUUGCAGCUCAGUUUGACAGGAACAGGGCUGUUCAGUUUAACGUUUUUCUGCAUUCAGUGGAACCUGAAUCGCCUCCAAUAUGGGAGGGACUUUCAUGCAAGUUACUGAGUGCAUCGUGAAGACAUUUUUCAGAAGUGUACAGUUUACCGUACAUAGCCCUGAAAGGGUGUAACACAAUUGGUUCUACAAGUUGUAUUACUGCACUUUGCAAUCUGAAAUGUAUAAUUUGCAAAUUUUGAUAAGUAAAUGAUAAGGAAGGAUCUCCUGUAUUUCCUAAAUAUCAGUGUAGCUCCAUCAAUGAAUGUAUGUCCAGUAUCUAAACGUCAUUGUUGGAUCAGUUAUUGACAAUAUUAUCUGCACAAGCUGUUACUUUGUUUCAUAAAUACAUGGGAUCAGCGCCUAAAGAAAGUGGAAAAAGAAUGUUUUGUUCAUGCUCAAUGUUAACUUUUAUUUUUGUUACAUUUAGACAUUAGCAUUUGCAAUUCUUAUUGCCACACUCUUGUUUUGUGUAAGUUUUCUUCUGUGAAUCGUAACGUAAGAUGUUGAUGUGUCAUUCUAAAAAUUAAAUUACUUUGGCACAACAAAAACAAAUGCCU